CAAGACGUGACAGACGACGACAUUUAGCAGGCAGUGCUAACUUUACGGUCUUCGCAAUUCGCAACAAAAAUAUGUCUUCAAAGUCUUCAUAUGGAGCCAGUGCAGUGAGCAAACAACGGAACUGAAGAACUGAUAGUCGAAGAAGAAGAUACUGCUGUAUUCUGAGCCAAAAACAUCUGUGCAAGAUUGGACAAGGUUAACAUUUGUUAAAAGCCAGAGUAAUCGACGGAUCUGACAUGCCACAGUCUUCAGGUGCUUCCGGGUGAGAAGGCCUUGGGGGGUCGCCCUACCCCCCCUACCAUCCUCGCCGAGAGCCUGACAAUUGUUGCUGUUUAAACUGCAGCAGUACCCUCAUGCUUGACAAGAAGUCUUCCAUGGUUGUUGGAGUUAGUAAGCCCAGGGCUCGACAAGACCACACUCGGAGGGGAAGUGGAGGCAUCUUCCAGGGACUUCCACUGUUUGGAUUGAGGUGAAGCUAUGGAUGAUAUGGGUGAUCCGGUUUAUGACUCUGUGUGUGACGAUAGAAACUCAAAGAUAUCCGAUCCAAGUGGAGGCCAAUCACUGCAAAACCUUGACUCCACUGAGGUGACAAAUGACCAAACGGAAAGCAAUAUUGAUGAGAACAGACUACAUGAUAUGUCAGAGUUACUAACAAUCACGGAAGAGGACAUUUAUGAUGAUGUCAUCCCUGGCAACCCACCAGUAGAAAGCCCUCAGUUAAACUAUUCCAACAAUAGGUCGGAGGACAAGGAGGAGGAUAUUUACGACGAUGUCAUUCCAGCCAACAUGGCGUGUGUGGGCGUGCUCCGACCAGUCAGCAAUGACGAUGAAAAGCUUCCAGACAAACCCAAAGCUAAUGGUCACACAAAGGCAAAGAAGAAUCGUCCAACCAACCUGGACAUGCCGACACAGUACGUAGAGACAAAAGGCACGUCCGUCAAAGUUGCAACGAUCAUAGAAAAACUCUCAAACCAACCACCGGGAGCGCUAUUAUCGUUCGCCAGUGACAGCAAAGCGAACAGACCUCAGCAAACAUCGUUGCCGACACCAAGGCAUGAUGGGAGUUCCAGUGCCGAGCCGACAAUCUACGAGGUCGAUGCUCCACACUGGAGGGAUAAAUACCACAACCAAAAUGGAGGUGAGGAUCUGGAAGAUGCUGGUUGGCAUGACAAUGAGAUCUAUCAAGGCUAUAACAUCGAGGGAGUUGGCGAGUCCCCGAAUCAUCAUGUGACCCACUUUGAUGCCUUGGAGUGCGGAGGUGAUGAUAGCGGACCGUACGAGGAUCUCCACUUUGACGAGGGGGAACAAGGCUUCUUCAUUGACGAUGACCUCCUUUACGAAGAUCUCCUGGAUUGCAAUGAGGAGGAUGAGGAACUUCUCAUGGAGGAUUCGGACUCCAGCUGGGGAUCGGACGAGUGGGAGGGCUACUCUGACGAGAGCGACUGCGAGAUGGUCCACAGCUUCUGCAUCGAGCCCAACUCACCACUCCCUAAGGGACCCUCCAACGUCGACAACAGGUCGUCAACGAGGAACCGCUCUCUCGUAACAUCGUACGGGAUGGACAGACGGGAAGAGGAAAAGCCCCAGGACUCUGCGUCAACCAACUUGGAAUUCCCUCAGACAGCGAAAAAUGUACCCAAGCUGAAAGAGUACAAGGGGAGAAGCAAUCUGGACAAAGUCAGAAACUUCCUGUUCGGACGAAACGCAGGACCUAAAGAAGAGGAGAAGGAGGAUAUGGAUGAAGACAAAGACGAUAUCCACUACAUCGAUGUAAAGUUGUCGCAGGUCAAGCACCCGCCACCCGCCUUGCCUCCCCAACCCAAGGGAUUGACGACGGAGGAGGUGGUGCGGAGGCACGUUGUCCAAUCGAUCAUCGACAGCGAACGAUCAUACAUGCUCUCCCUUCAGAGACUUAUCCAGGCCUAUGAGAAACCUCUGUUGGACAGUAACCCACCGCUACUUGAGAAGGAGAAGGUUCGAAUGAUCUUCUACCGAGUACGAGGCAUCUACCAGUGUCAUCUCAUGUUCCAGAUCGCUCUAUCCAGCCGAGUCAAGAACUGGGACUCAUCAGAUCAGAUUGGAGAUGUCUUUGUUGCAUCGUUUUCUAAAGCGAUGGUAUUAGACGUGUACAGUGCCUACGUUAACAACUUCACCAAUGCAAUGGAGGUGGCCAAGAGAGCAGCCAAUCAGAGGCCAGCGUUCAGGAACUUCAUCGAGACACGGCAAGUCAGUAGCAUUGAUCGUCUGAGUCUCUAUGCACUCAUGCUGAAACCUAUUCAACGCUUCCCUCAAUUCAUCUGUCUUCUCCAGGAUCUUUUAAAGCGAACUCCUCUAGGCCAUGCAGACCGCAUGCCUCUACAGCUGGCACUGACCAAACUAGAGACGCUAGCUAGCGUCUUGAAUGAAAGGAAACGGCAGAGUGAGCAACGAUACGCCGUCAAGCAACUCAUGAAAUGCCUCAAUGUCAAAUUCUCCAGCAAGUUCAAACAUGACAGAAGCCGAUGGCUGAUCAGACAAGAUGAUAUGCUUCAAACUAGUGAAACCUACGACAGCCAAGGAGAGUCGAUAAAAUGCAAAGAGAGGCGCCUCUUCAUGCUGAACGAUCUUCUUGUUUGUACAACUGUUUUAUCAAAAACCUCUUCCCCAGGUCUCUCACCUGGUUCUGAUAUGCCGAGGUGUAAGCACAGAUGGAGCGUACCACUCGGUGAAGUGGAGAUUAUUGAGCCAUCGGGGGAUUCAGGGGCAGAAGUAGAGGUUUCCCAAGAACCUGGGAAGCUGACGAUCACAACGCAGCAGGCCGAAGAACGCGAUUAUACCUAUGCAGGGUCUGCUCGUCAGAUGUACCAGGAACGCAACGACCUAAUGCAUGACAUGGCAGUGGUCAAACAGAUUGGUGCUCUGCUUACAACACUUAAGGGGUCGUAUGGCAUGCUGACUAAGGAUGACGUUGAAGACUGGUCUGACAUCAUCCAGAAGCUUAUAAAUAAGAAGAGUCAGGAUAUCAGACAAGCUGAUGUCAGUAAAAUACAGCUCUCACUACCAGCUGUUGCAAUGGAGAAACGUGUAACGUUAGUGUUUGAUGCUGUCAGCUCUAAGACCAAACUGGACUGGAUAACGGCAUUGGAAACAGCCAAACUUGCCUUGAAACCUCACAACAACCCGGGUUGGUACGCUCCGGAGGAAAGUGAUAGCGCCCACUCUGAGAUGAAUUAUGGCGUGCCACUUCUCAUGACAGCCUUACCAGUAUUCACUACCAGGCAUUCAGCAAAGGUGCAGUGUGCCACACUCUGCCCAUUAGAGCCCUCCUUCUCCAGAAGUAGGCGGAAACGAACGAUUGAGAGCGAGGCGGCCAAAAACUGUCUGUGGGUCGUCAGCUCCGACAACAAGAAAUCUUACGUCAGCAUCGUGGGCUUCCAACCUCCAUCCCCAAAGAUACUGGAGACGUUCGAGCUCGGGGAGUUGAGGAUACUGUGCUCUGAGUGUGUGCCAGGGAUCAGGAGAUUGCUCGGGGUGAAUGGAACCUCGGGUAAGAGUUUCAAGGACAGCGUCAGGCGGAGCGAGUUUUGUUUCUUGAAGACAACGGUGUGGCUCGGCACGGAGAGUGGGAGGAUCAGCAUUUAUGAAGCAAAUCAGAUGGACAAAACGCAGUGUCUCGUCAGCUUCAAAGUUCCCAAAGCCGUCACAUCCAUGAAAUAUCUCAACAAUCGGAUGUUUCUGGCUCAGAAAGAUGGCACAGUCCUCAUCUAUGUCCGGACAGAAGAGGGGGAGUGGAAGGUGAAAGAGCCGCGCAUAUCAGAGUUGGGUUCGAAUCCAGUCACGUCCCUCCUUCCAGUCAAGCAGAACAUGUGGUGUGGAUGUGGAAAUCAGAUACACGUCGUCGACACAGAGAGUGAAUUCAGACAGAGGGAGUUCGAGGUUCAUCAGGACUCGACUCAGAGUGUCCAGAGUAUGGUGGUGGCUGGCGUGGGGGUGUGGGUUUCCUUCCAGACGUUGGAUAUUAUCAGAUUAUUCCACACGGAGACGUUCGAACACCUACAGGAUAUCAGCUUGGCUAGCCCCAUCGGGAGGAUGGUUGCAGGCCUGGGCGUCAAAUCUCAAGCGAUCUUCCACAACAUUCACUCCGUCCAUGUGACUAACCUGCUGGCGUGCUACGGCUCCCUGUGGGUCGGCACCAACCUUGGCAUAUUAGUCAACUUCCCGUUGCCUCGGCUAGAGGGAGUUCCCCUGGUAAACGGCCCAGCCAUGGUGGCGUAUCACACCCACGGGGGACCGGUGCGAUUCAUGCUGGCCCUUGAGAUCAACCGGCAGAGCGAUCGGAUUCAUUACUCAUCCAAGGAGGACAGUAACGAUGCGUCUACACCAACACCGACCCCAACGCCACAUUCCACACCGGACGAUGCGCCACGCACUCCGCCCCGUACCAAAGCAAGCACCCACACCGCAAACCUUGUCACCUCUGCCAUGUCACCAAUGACGGAGUACUUCUCGUUGGCAUUCGACGAAGCCGAAGACGACAAACCCAGUACUGCGGACAGCGGUGCCGGCAGCAGCAGCCUCUCUGAGGAAAGCGGGAGGUGUGACAUCGUGUCAAAGGUCAAAGGUCAUAUGGACCAAGUGUCAGCGAGUAUCACAAGCACAACAAGCCUUGUGCUGUGUGGAGGCGAGGGACACAACUACCUUAUGCAGGAGGGGUCAGGGUCAGAGGGCAAAAGUCGCGAGGCAGAGCUCCUGAUCUGGCAAGUGUCAAUGUAGACAUGGAUGCAUGUGAAUCUAAGUAUCUUUGUGGAAACGGCGUCAAUGGAUAACUGAUGAGAAGGCAUUGUGAAAAGGAAGCAUCAUUGAUGUGUGUGAAAAUUGAGCAUCACAGUUUUAUGACAGUACUUGCAACGAAUGAACAAAACUUAUAAAUUGCAAUGUGUAAUAAUGUAAAUUAUAUUUCUUUGAAGAGAAAAAACAGCUGAUUUUUAGGUGGAAUAUAUCAAGUUUGUAGUAUAAACCUCCUCACCCAAGCUUGCCCUCUGUAUACAUGGAUUUCUUACAACAUCUUUUCAGCAUAAAGUUUUGAAAAGAGUAUAAAUGGCUGUAAAUGUUAGCUGAAAGAUGUCUGUUUUUUUAAAGGUUAUUUUAAAAUGAUGAGUAUUAUAGCGGGGAAAUGUUUGACUGUGACACUUUUUAAUGUUUGAUGAAGUCAAGGCUUCAGAUUUUUUAGCAAUGACAACAAACUAUGGCAAAAUGUAGAGUUGGUUUACCACCAUUGUAGUUACACACCGCCCUCUAGGGGUAAAAGUUGUCCAUGGUGGCUAUUAAAACCCUCAUUUGGUGUGUUUUUAGGGGGCAAACAACCCGUACCUCAAUAUGCCACGACAGUAGCAUUUUGAGUCACACACUGUGUCACAACUGUGGCUUUUUGAGGCACACACAUGCUUAGCUAAAGAGUUUAGUCCUAGCUGUUAGUGCUAGCCGUAAGUGCUUCAAUGAGAGUGGUAAACUGGAGAAGCAAUGAGCUGUUGUCAAUGGGAGACUUUUGGGACGCUUGGUGGCAGCAGACUUACCAGGUAAAAUCCAUUGUUCUCUGUAAUGUGCG